GUAGUUCAAGAUGGAGUCGAUGCGCUUCUAUUUUGUAGCUUCCCAGCCACUUUAAUCAAAGUAUGGCUAAUUAUAUCAAUGAUUUUUAAUGUUCAGAGGUUGAGGACAUACUUUUUAUUUGUUUCUCUUCGAUCUGUAUUUAGUUAUUUGAUGAGAAUAGGUUAUUUGCUAGAAAUCUGUCAAUAACUGAAACAUCUGCUAGCUAGCAAUCAGUCAAGUGGUUGGAAUGUUCAUUAACGUUCUAUUAAUUUGGAGAUCGAUAUGGCGCAGAGAGAGUUAAAAAUGUGCCUUCUUGGGGUAAGAAUCUUAUUUGUAUUCAUGUAACUGAACUAUCGAUUCUCUGUUCGUUCAGAUUGCAAUAUGUCUUAAUCUCUCGUGGACAGGUGAAACAGAGAGAAUCUGUCAAAAUUCACGUAUAAUUAUGUGAUUACGAGCAGCAGUAGUUCCUGUUUGGGGAUUUCGUUGUUGAUUAUUUGGACUUCACAAGUAUUGGUCUUCACAAAGUUCGCUGCUUCAGUGUUAUCUGAUAUUUUUGUCAGAUGUCACUAUGGUAUACUGAAGUAUAAUUACAAGCAUUCCAUAAGUGUCAAAGGCUUUUAUUGACAAUAUAUUAAUUUUAUGCAAAGAGUAAUAAUUUGCAGUGUUGACCCUUCUUUUUCAAGACCUCUGCAAUAUGCCCUAGUAUGCUGUCAAUUAACUUCUGGGCCACAUCCUGACUGAUGGCAGCCCAUUCUUGCAUAAUCAAUGCUUGGAGUUUGUCAGAAUUUGUGGGUUUUUGUUUGUCCACCCGCCUCUUGAGCAUCGACCACAAGUUCUCAAUGGGAUUAAGGUCUGGGGAGUUUCCUGGCCAUGGACCCAAAAUGUCGAUGUUUUGUUCCCCAAGCCACUUAGUUAUCACUUUUGCCUUAUGGCAAGCUGCUCCACCAUGCUGGAAAAGGCAUUGUUCGUCACCAAACUGUUCUUGGAUGGUUGGGAGAAGUUGCUCUCGGAGGAUGUGUUGGUACCAUUCUUUAUUCAUGGGUGUGUUCUUAGGCAAAAUUGUGAGUGAGCCCACUUCCUUGGCUGAGAAGCAACCCCACUCAUGAAUGGUCUCAGGAUGCUUUACUGUUGGCAUGACACAGGACUGAUGGUAGCGCGUACCUUGUCUUCUCCGGACAAGGUUUUGUCCGGAUGCCCAAACAAUCGGAAAGGGGAUUCAUCUGAGAAAAUGACUUUACCCCAGUCCUCAGCAGUCCAAUCCCUGUACCUUUUGCAGAAUAUCAGUCUGUCCCUGAUGUUUUUCCUGGAGAGAAGUGGCUUCUUUGCUGCCCUUCUUGACACCAGGCCAUCCUCCAAAAGUCUUCGCCUCACUGUGCGUGCAGAUGCACUCACACCUGCCUGCUGCCAUUCCUGAGCAAGCUCUGCACUGGUGGUGCCCCGAUCCCGCAGCUGAAUCAACUUUAGGAGACGGUCCUGGCGCUUGCUGGACUUUCUUGGGCGCCCUGAAGCCUCCUUCACAACAAUUGAACCUCUCUCCUUGAAGUUCUUGAUGAUCCAAUUAAUUGCAAUUCAUCUGAUCACUCUUCAUGACAUUCUGGAGUAUAUGCAAAUUGCCAUCAUAAAAACUGAGGCAGCAGACUUUGUGAAAAUUAGUAUUUGUGUCAUUCUCAACUUUUGACCACGACUGUAAUCAUGAUUGGUUGAAGGCGGUGCUUCUUCUUCUUCUUCAGUGGGGUUUUAAGGCGGUGCUUAAACUGGUGUGGUGAUUUUCAAGCGCGUGUGUGGAUCACAUGAGGUUGGUGGCACCUUAAUUGGGGAGGAGGUGCUUGUGGUAAUGGCUGGAGUGGAAUCCUAUCAAAUUCCUCCAACACAUGGUUUCCAUAUGUUUGAUGCCAUUCCAUUCACGCUAUUCCAGCCAAUUAUUAUGAGCUGUCCUCCCCUCAGCAGCCUCCUGUGGGGUGGAUCAUAAACUAACAUAAGCCAAAAGUCAAAAUGGGAUGUAUCAUAAAAAUUAAUGAAAACAAAAAUGUGCUUUUUGGCCAUGAUAAACAUGGGUGAAAUUAGUGGAUGGGAAGGGUUUGGCCGAGAGUUACCGUUUGCGAGGGAGGAGACUUUGCUUCCUUCCUUUGCACAAAGGUAAACAUAAUAGAGCUCUUCAGCUUGUAGUCCUAAAAACUGGAAACAACUUACCUCUGGUUCAUUUAGCCAUUAUAAUGCGGAACAUUUAUGGGGAAAGAAUAGGGUUUGGGGUUAAACACCGAAAAUAAGGUCUGAGGUGAACACAGGCUUAGGAGAUCUUAUACGUUUUGUUCUAUAAGAUAAUAUCAGUCAGUUAACAUGACCUUUAUGAAUUAUGAAGCCUUUAUGUGCUUUAUUUAUUACACAGUUAGUGAGUGCAUACAUUUUCAUACUGGCCCCCCGUGGGAAACGAACCCACAACCCUGUGAAGUUAGCUGAUGAAGAUUAUCUAAUGGAACAAAAUGUAUAAGAUCUCCUAAGCAAAAAUGCCAUUAAUGUCCCAUAGGCUUUGUCCAAUGAACCAUAAGAGUUAGUGCCUACAAAAGGACACCAUUACUAUUCCCCCCCCCAGUAGUAAAACAGGAAUUUACAAACCUUCGCAAGGUAAUUUUACUUUUGGGGAACUGAGAUUACAGUAUGUCAAGUGACAAGUGACAGAAGCCUCCAGCUUGCUUGCUAAAAGUUUUGUGCACUAGCUAAAUUGAACUCACUUUACUUUGAAACUGACUGAAGUGUCUCAAAUAAAGGCUUUACUUUUAUUAUGUUCCAGAAGAAGUCAUGAAAUAUUUCAAUUCAUUCUGUCAAAAUAGACUCCUAACGUGAAACCAAUACAAUACUGACAAAAACGACCUGCAUGUACAGUUGCAACACUUUUUCAUGUCUAUUUUCCUCAUCAAUAGUAGUUUAGGCUAAUGUUGAUCAUAUUACAUUUUUAUGUAUUGCACAGGCGUUGCUCAAUCUUUGCAGCAUAGUGGCAGGAAUAUUUUGUUUGUUCAACCAAUGGCAUAUUCUCUUCACAUAAUGAUGGCAUCCUGAUGAAAACGUAAUGGUCUGUGUGGUCUUGGCAGUAAAACAAGUAUGGGUGGAUUCUUGGAUGAAUUCUAACUCGGUCCUGUUGUUAUUCUUCAGGACACUGGGGUUGGAAAGUCAAGCAUUGUUUGGAGGUUUGUGGAGGACAGCUUUGACCCCAAGAUUAAUCCAACUAUUGGGUAAGUUAUUGCAGUCCUUCACACACUGUAAAUAUCACGGCGAGAUGGGGGGGGGGGGGUCACUACAUUGUCUCAUUUGAAUAAGUCAGACAAUAUUUAUACAGUCUGGGGGGGGGGGGGGGUUGUGGUCAUGCUGCAUUCUCAGUGAUGUCAUCCCAGUCGAAUAAAUUUAUAGCCUGGUCUAAGAUCUGUUUGUGCUAUCAUGCCAACGGAUGACAGUGUGUGGCAAGGAGUCGUUAUGAUAGCACAAACAGAUCUGGGAUCAGGCUAAUCAAUUUAUCACAGGGUAAUCAAUGUAUCACUUCUGAUCUUGUGAUGGGGUAAAGUGGUGAGCCUAAUUGUAUGCCAUGUUAACAUGCUCUUUAAAUGUGACUCACACGGUAUGGUUGUAUUUCUAUUUUCCAGGGCAUCCUUCAUGACAAAGACGGUGCAGUAUCAAAAUGAGCUGCACAAAUUCCUCAUCUGGGACACGGCAGGGCAAGAGAGGGUUAGUUAUCAUAUCUCCCUUCCAUAUUCUACAAUAUCUUUGCUCCAAAUGAAGUGGUCCUUAUUAGACUACGACAUAGGCCAUGUUUGAAUAAAAAUGCAUCCUUCCUUCCUCCCUUCCUUGAGCUAGUCUAAUUACAGAUCUCACAUGAUGGGUGAGAUCAACAUAUUGGAAUCAUUGCUCUCACUGACUUACUCAGUUAUCAUGAGCUUUAUGAAGUAUGAAGCCUUUAUGUGCUUUAUUAAUUACAUUUAAAAAAAAACAUUUAGCUGCCCACACCAAAACAUCCCUGGCUCUCUCAUUGCUGCAGUCAUUUAAUGAUGCCCUUUCCUGUAGUUGUGUGGCAGGUUAUGCUAUCGUGGUUUGUGCACUCUCAAGACCACUGCUGUCUGUUUAGUUUACUAGACGACAUAAAUGCGUCUGUCAUGUUCUAGCAACUUCUCAUCUAUCCUGUCUCUCUCUCCAUUCUCUUUAUCUCUCUCUCCUUUCUCUCUGUCACACACACACACACACACACCACCACACACACACACACACAAACUUGAAUUUAUAGCUAUGUGUGCUGCAUCAAAGGAGCGCAGUUCACAUUAUGCUAAAGCAUACCUUCUAUGUGCAUUGUUCAUUGAACUGUCAAGACGAGUGGCUCUUCAGCAGUCAUAACAUGGCAGGCGAGACUCUAAGGGGCCGCUUGCAACACGAUCUGCUGUGAUGUUUGUCUACGACGCUAUGUGGUGCUAAAUCUGGAAUGCUUUGUAGCCCACGCAGACAGACGGCAUGACUAAAAUAGAUUAUCUUUCAAAUGAUACAGUAUAUGAGUAAUGUGAUACGCAUAUAGAAACAGCAAGCAUUUAUGCUAAUAAAACACGAAUAAAAACACUCCAAAUCUGUUGUACAUUAGUAGGGCUUGGAAUUGCCAGAGACCUCACGAUACAUUAUGAUAUUUAGGUGCUCAUACGAUAUGUAUUGCGAUUCUCACGAUACUUCAGAAAGUAUUCAUUCCCCUUGACUUAUUCCACAUUUUGUUGUGUUACAGCCUGAAUUCAAAAUUGAUUAAAUAUAUUUUUUUCUCACCCAUCUACACACAAUACCCCAUAAUGACAAAGUUAAAACAUGGUUUUAGAAAUUUGAGAAAGUGUAUUGAAAAUGAAAUCUCUCAUUUACAUUAGUAUUCAAACCCCUGAGUCAAUACAUUGUAGAAGCACCUUUAGCAGUGAUUACAGCUGUGAGUCUUUCUGGGUAAGUCUCCAAAGAGUUUUCCACACCUGGAUUGUGUAACAUUUGCCCAUUAUUAUUUUCAAAACUGUAACUCGGCCACUCAGGAACAUGCCCUGUCUUCUUGGUAAACAACUUUUGUGUAGAUUUGGCCUUGUGUUUUAGGUUAUUGUCCUGCUAAAAGGUGAAUUAAUCUCCCAGUGUCUGGUGGAAAGCAGACUGAACCAGGUUUUCCUCUAGGAUUUCAGUUUCUUUUUUAUCCUGAAAAACUUCCCAGUACUUAACGAUUACAAGCAUACCAUAACAUGAUGCAGGCACCACUAUGCUUGAAAAUAUGGAGAGUGGUACUGAGUAAUAUACUGAGUUGCAUUGGAUUUGCCCCAAACAUAACACUUUGUAUUCAGGACAAAAAGUUAAUUGUUUGCCACAUAUUUUGCAGUAUUACUGUAGUGCCUUGUUGCAAACAGGAUGCAUGUUUUGGAAUAUUUGUAUUCUGCACAGGCUUCCUUCUUUUCACUCUGUCAAUUAGGUUAGUAUUGUGGAGUAACUACAAUGUUGUUGAUCCAUCUUCAGUUUUCUCCUUUCACAGCCAUUAAACUGUAACUGUUUUAAAGUCACCAUUGGCCUCAUGGUGAAAUCCCUGAGCGGUUUCCUUCCUCUCCUGCAACUGAGUUAGGAAAGACGCCUGUAUCUUUGUAGUGACUGGGUGUAUUGAUACACCAUCCAAAGUGUAAUUAAUAACUUCACCAUGCUCAAAGGGAUAUUCAAUGUCUGCUUUUAGAAAAUGUUUGCCCAUCUACCAAUAGGUGCAGAGUGAGUCCAUGCAACUCAUUAUGUGACUUGUUAAGCAAAUAUUUACUCCUGAACUUAUUUAGGCUUGCAAUAACAAAGAGUUUGAAUACUUAUUGACUCAAGACAUUUCAGCUUUUCAUUUUUAAUUAAUUUGUAAAAAUGUCUAAAAACGUAAUUCCUCUUUGACAUUAUGGGGUAUUGUGUGUAGUCCAGUGACCAAAAAUCUUGUGGGUGAGACAAGACUGAGUCAAGACCGAGACUGGGAGGGGAACGAGGGGUUUGAGAACGAGGACAGAAAAAAUUCAAGUCCAAUUCAAGACCAUGAUUGUAAUUUUGUCAAAUCGCCACCAUAAUAAGAGUUCAUAAUGUCCAGUAUUUCUGUGUUCAUAUUUCAGAAGAACAUAUGGAUUCUUUAGACAUUCAGAAUGGUGAAGAAAAUGCAUGCUGAAGGCAAAUAGAGCCGCUCUACAAAUUAUUACUAACCGUGGGGAACAAUGAGGGCCUUCUAUGCCUUCAGAGAAGGGCUAAGGAUUUAUAAAAUAAGUAUAAUAAAUAUAGCUGCAAGCAGCAAUGGCGGGAUUCAAGCUGUGGGCCCACUGUGCCACCAUCAGGACAAAUUGGACACAGGAGGAGCUACUUCGGUACUCCUUAUAUCACAACUCAAAAUUAAACAUGUCAUCCAAUGUGCAUAUUUUGGAUUAUUUUCAAUGAUGUUGACUUCUUUAAACGACUUCUUCUCCAGAACCUCUAGACCGAUCAGCAUCCAAUUUGGUAUAUAGUAUCUAUGGAUGCACAUCUUCAAGACUCUUGCUCAAACAAUAUGGCCUCAAUAAGCCAAUGAGCUUGCAUGAAUGCUUUGUUCUGUCCAACAGUACCCCCAUGCGGACCAAGCUCAUCCAUACUUUACAGACUCAUAUCCCUUAGCAUGUGUGCCGAAUUUCAUCACUCUGAGUCAAACAGAUCAAGAGAUAUAAACGUGCCGGUUAUAGCGCCACUGUGUGGUCGAUCUGAAUGUGCUUGCAUAAGUUGAGUCUUGACAGUGUUUGGAACAUGUGUACCAAGUUUGGUUACAAUAUGAAUAUCCGUGUCUGAUUUAUAUGCAUUAAGGUGCCAGACCACGCCCACAUUGAAUGUUUAUUGGUCAGUAGCGGCCAUGUUUUUUGACAUACUUGUCUGGAAAAUAUAGAUGCCAUAUGUCAAGGUUCACCCAGAUCGUCCCAGUGGUUACGGAGGAGAUGUCAUUUAAGUGUUUUUCACAAAAUUCUAAAUGGCGGAAAAUCCAUCAUGGCAGACUUUAUGGGUCCUGGAGGCAAAUUUGUUGUCAAGACCGCACAAACAGAUCUGGGACCAGGCUAAUUGUAGGCUUUAUACAGUACCCCUCGUAAUCCUGUCCUGUUAUUAUUUUGUGUGUGCCCUUCCCUUUCUUCUACUCGUGCAAUCUCCUGCUAGUACAAUGGUCUAUUCCCCUCUGUUGUCCUCUGGAGAGUGGUGAGAUAAAACAGCUUUUGUCUUCUGUUCUCUGAGCUUGCCCGGGGCCAUGGCCUUGAGGUAAAAUGAAUGAAGCUUUGUUUAAGAUAAGACAGACAGAUGAAACCCGAGCUGUCUCUGCCUGCUCCCCAGUCCCGACUGAUCCACUGCCACUGUCCCUGCCAGCUUCUCUUUCUCUCUCGCACUCUUUCUCUCUCCGGAUAGGUCUAUUCAGGGUAGUGGUAGAGCCUACACCAUAUUGCUUAGGCUUACAGAGCUACAGUCUUCAAAGGGUAGGGCCAAGAGGAAGGGGUAGGGAACACAUUGGGACUCUUUCUCUCACACACACUCACUCCGUCUCUCCCAGGCUACUGAGUGUUCCACAGCUGUGAGCGAGAAGGUAGCAACAUUUCUGGCAGCGGGCUGUUGUUUUCCUUCAUUGUAAGUUGCAGCCACUGUAUUUCUAAGCUGAUCGCUUCUUGAGAACCAGUUGGUAUAAUUAACAGUAGUGGAGUUUGGUUGAGAGAUUUAGGAGAAGCAGAUGGAGAUGGAAUGAGAGAGAGCUGUGAUUAGGCUACUACACAAUCUCUGCAUUCCCUGGCACGGACAGACACCUUUCAUUGGGUGCCAGGCUCAUAAUUUCAGUAAUUAACCUGCACACGCUUAGCAAAAUAAGGGGCGCUUUUUUACAGCUCUGGUGUGGCCAGAUGUCUGGUCUAGCCCUCGCUGCGAAAUGCUCCCAGGGCACACUUUCGAGAGGGACCACACAAGACUGGCUGUGCUGUCAGGUACUGGCUGUACUGCAGCUAGCAGACAGGCAGCAUCCCGUUCCCGCCGUCUGCCAAAUAUCCCAAGUUGGACUCCCUCCGGUAGUCUCGGGGCCAGUAACAACUGUAAUUGCACGGAAUGUGUGCUUUUCCUGAAGUAACUGUGUGAUUCCAAGCCGGGAUAGUUUAUUCCUUUUUAUCGUAAUGGAAAAUGGGAAUUGGUGGGAAAGGCCGGGUCGUUCCAUGUCAACGUUUGACUGGGAUCGCUCCUGUUUGUUUUAAAGCUAAUCUCUUUAUUUCAUUAACUAUUACGUGGCAUGCUUGAUUAUUUUUCCCAUCAUGGUUAAAUAUGCUAAUUAUGUUCGAAGAGUUGUGCUGAAUAUUAUCCUAAAAUGUAGAAGGACCUAGCCUAAAUGGUAGUCUAACUAAUGACAGGUGCGUUACCUUUCACUUGUCUCUGUUGCAGCUUUCUUUUGUGCCUCAUACAGUUGAUGGUCUGAAUGUCACUCAUUGUUACUUGUCAGUAUAAAUUAUUACAAUCAUACCAAAUUAAGCAUAUACGGCAUGCCUUUUCAACAAUAGCAAAUACUUGAGAAUUCACCUAUUUUGGAAGAUUGCAUGUUACCUGAAACAUUGCAGCAUUUCCACCCAAAUUUAAAUCUCAUGCCCAAAGGCUGCGUUUACACAGACAGGACAAUUCUGAUAUUUUUGCCACUAAUUGGUCUUUUGACCAAUCAGUUCAGAUGUUUUGCCAAUAAUUGGGCACAAGAUCAGAAUUGGGCUGCCUGUGUAAACGUAGCCUAGUGUCUGAAAGUUAUUGUGAAGGAAGAUACUUUGUGCAGGUAAUUUAGUCUAUAACAUGCUAAUUUGGGGAAAUUGAUUUUUUGGGCAAGCAUGGUAAGGUAAGCAUUUAGUGACAGCAGCCAGGUAAAUUAAACCAAAGUAUGAAUCGCUGUCUCGCCUAGUCCAAAGACUGUUUACAGGAAAAUAAUAAAAAUAAAUAAAUAAAUGUUUUAUUGUCACAUACACCGGAUAGGUGCAGUGACGUGCUGUUUUACAGGGUCAGCCAUAGUAGUACGGCAACCCUGGCGCAAAUUAGGGCUAAGUGCGUUGCUCAAGAGCACAUUGACAGAUUUUUCCACCUUGUCGGCUCAGGUAUUCGAACCAGCGACCUUUCGGUUCUUGGCCCAAUGCUCUAACCGCUAGGCUACCUGGCGUCCAAUAGGCCAAUGUAAUCUAGGCGAACUAUUCCUUUAAUCAAAAAAAAUCACGAGACCUUUUGUAGGCAUUUGAUUUAGAGUUUUAUGAAAACAGGUAUUUGCUAAUUGCACUGGCAUUUUCAAACCAGAACUCAUAAGCUUUUGGAAAAUAUUAUACCAGAAGAAAUACAGAGAACAGAAACUUCAAGCAACUUUAUUUUUUUCAACGAUGGAAUGGGAAAUAAUGUAGCUUCAGCUUGUUUUUAUUACGCAGGGUUUUCUGGUCUACUGGGUGAAGACCAAAUGGAUAGUUCUCCAUAAAUAUUAAAUGGCUAACUGCUUUUGACACCUUGUGCUCAUCUUUCUCCUGAUGGCUACCACAUGUGAGUCCUCAGUGGAAAGCCUUGCCAUACUUCCAGGUAACAAAAGCCACUUGGCAUAUAGGCUUGGAACACAAGGCCUUUUUGUUUUUUCAAAAAGGUCCUUAGUUUCUCUUUGCUUAGCUUUACCCCUUUGAGUUGAUGUUUUCUCUCAAAGACCCUGUUGGAUGAAAUGGAAAGUGGUGUAAGUCAUAUAACGGUGACAAAAUGGAACCGUAUAAGGCUUCUAGAUUGGGUACUCUGUGAAUGUAAUGUUUUGGAAACAGGCGGUAGUAGUGAUUGCGAUGCUAUUUUGGUAGCCUUGAUUUUCUCAUAAACAAUUGCAAGCUAGAUACGCGAUCCUCAAAGAUGAGUAAAAAAAUGUCAGUAACCUUUUCUUUUAAGUUUAUCUUACUUUAAUCAUGAUAUACAGUACUACAUAUGCAUACAUGGCCCUUGACCUCACUAUAUCAGUGUAACCGGUUUGGCUGUACAUAAAGUCCUGUUGGAGGCUUUAGAAAAUAAAUGAUCUUCUCUGUCCAGAGGGACAGCCUCUUUCUUUGAAGAAUGAUUGCAGCCCAUUACUCACUAUGCUAUAUCUCCACUUCUAUCUCUGCUUUCCCAUAGUUCCGUGCGUUGGCGCCAAUGUACUACAGAGGCUCUGCGGCAGCCAUCAUUGUUUAUGACAUCACUAAAGAGGUACAGUAUCCCCUCUCGUUUCCUUCCGGUAACAUGGUGUGACAUGACAUUUUGUUUUUUUCCUCAAAUGUUUAAAGGGACACUGUGCCACCUUUUUUCAAUGCCAUUCCUAUGUCAUCAGGAGUAAUUUGCUAAAUAAAUCAGUGAUUUUCAAAAACUAAGAGUCAGCUCUCUCCGUCACUGAGAAACUCUGUUUUUAAAAUGUGUUUUUUAUGACCCCCGAUGACAUCAUAGGGGCAGGUUUUCUUAGGACCUUUUCUUCUUAAAUAUAUGACUGCAGAAAAAAAGCUCCAAAUAGAUUGACCUUUGCAAAACGUAGGUAUCCAUGCACGCCAUACAGUUUGUAUGUCUACUGUAGGCAACUAUGGGGGCCAACUGGUCACUCAAAUAUAGGCAUGUCCAGUAAACAUAUACUGUCCACUCUCGCAUUCCAUGUGGAGAGGCGUACUCAUGUGUCCACAUGUCCUGUUCACAUCUCCUAUGUUUCAUGCCUGUUUAAAUCACACAUGCCCACACAGUCAUGCGUUGCAUAACAUUAUCUCAAACUAAAAUAUCUAACAAUGUAA